UCGAGUCAGGCUUCUGUAGACGCCAAGCAGUCACGCACAUAUAUAUUAAGUUCUUUAACUGUAUGUGUUUAGCUGAUGAAGUGUUAGUGCUAGUGCGGUGUACUAAAUACUAAUAUUAAAUAUUCGGCAUAGGUUUUUUUUUAAAUGUCAUUUACGCAAAAAGAAGAUGAAUUGCUUCUUGAAGCAGUUCGAGAACAACCUGCUUUAUAUAAUUUAACUAAUAAAAAUUAUAAAAAUACAAUAUACAAGAAUCAAAUAUGGUACAACAUUGCUACAUCUUUGAAUAAAUCAAUCAAAGCUGUGAAAGCUAGAUGGAAAAGUGUACGUGGUACUUAUAAUAAAAGAAGAAAAAGGCUUGGUACUGGUUCACCAAGAUGUUCAAAAAAACCAUGGUCAUUAGAAGCUCAUUUAGCCUUUUUGAAGACUGUUAAAAAUGAACGAAAGUCAACGAGCAAUGUUACUCCUGACACUGAUAAUGUGGAAGACACUGUUAAAAGAAAAUAUGAAGAUAUUGUUAAAAGAAAAUAUGAAGAUAUUGAUGAUAAUGAAGAUGAUUAUAAUAAUAUUGAUGAUGAAGAUAAUAUUGAUGAACUUAUUGGCGGUGAUGAUCAAAAUAAUGAGAAGCCAAUAGAAAUAGCAGAGAUGAUGAAACCAUGUCCCAAAAAAAUUAAAAAUGACGAUAGACAUUUGUCUACAUCAUCUGUUUCUUCUGCUGGUUCAGCAUGUUCACGUGAAAGCAAACCUGAUGAUCUUGCAGCAGAAGAAAAAGUCAAGUUGUAUAGAUCUUUGCAGACCGAUAUAUCACUUGAUUUGUUUUUUGAAUCAUUAUGUGCACAAGUUAAAGAACUUCCUCCUCAUCUUGUACCUGAUAUAAGAAUUAAAAUGAUACAAAUGAUUUGUGAAUUAGAAAAAUCUUAUAAAUUCGAUCCUUCUAAGCAACCACAACAGCAUCAAAAUUUGAAUAAUACUCCAUACUUUCAAUCACAACGAGUUGAACUACCACUUAUGUCUUCUUCAUCUACUUCAACAGAUAGCUCUGAAGAAUGUGUUACAUAUACUUUUGUAUAAAAAAAAAUAAUUUUUUGACUAAAGAAAAAA